GAAUUGAUUGUUGUAGCCACAACUAAGAAUCGCCAGAUCGUGCCACAGGCCCGGGUUUCCCCUCCCCUCUUCGCCCUCCUCCCCUUUUUCCCUCCCUUUCCGUACACACGCGCACACACACGCACACUCACACACAUACACACAUACACACACACACACGCGCGCGCGCGCGCACAUACACAGACACUACCCGGACGACCGGGACCAGAGUCUCUCCACAGCGGCCGCAGCGCGGCCCGGGCUCCGGGAGGAGACCAGCAGAGUCCCACCGCCGGCCGGGGACACCCUUUCCACAGGUAAUUUGAAAAGAGUCCAAAAUAACUUGUGACCAUUUGGAAGGAAGCAAGGAACAGUCUGAAGUAAGCAAUCCAGCUUGUAAACUGGGAAGAUUUAUAUUUUAUUUUAAACUUCUGAAUAUUUACAAUGAAUGGACACAGUGAUGAAGAAAGUGUUAGAAACAGUAGUGGAGAAUCCAGCCAGUCGGAUGAUGAUUCUGGAUCAGCUUCUGGAUCUGGUUCUGGAUCAAGCUCUGGAAGCAGUAGUGAUGGGAGCAGCAGUCAGUCAGGCAGCAGUGAUUCUGAUUCCGGGUCUGACUCAGGCAGUCACUCUGAUUCUGAGUCAGAUACUUCUAGAGAAAAGAAAGUACAAUCAAAACCACCAAAAGUUGAUAGCUCUGAGUUUUGGAAAUCAAAUCCUAGUAUUCUGGCUGUCCAAAGAUCUGCAAUGCUUAGAAAGCAGCAGCAGCAGCAGCAGCAGCAGCAGCAGCAGCAGCAACAACAAACUUCCUCCAAUAGUGGAUCAGAAGAGGAUUCUUCUAGCAGUGAAGAUUCUGAAGAGGAGUCAUCCAGUGAGGUCAAGAGGAAAAAACAUAAAGAUGAAGAUUGGCAGAUGUCAGGGUCAGGAUCUCCCUCCCAGACGGGUUCAGAUUCUGAAUCAGAAGAAGAAAGAGAAAAAAGCAGUUGUGAUGAAAGUGAAUCUGACUAUGAGCCAAAAAAUAAAGUCAAAAGCAGGAAACCUCAAAUCAGAACUAAAGCAAAAAAUGGAAAGAAGAUCUCUGGACAGAAGAAGAGACAGAUUGAUUCAUCUGAAGAUGAUGAUGAUGAUUAUGAUAAAAGAGGUUCUCGUCGCCAGGCAACUGUCAAUGUUAGUUAUAAGGAAGAUGAAGAAAUGAAAACAGAUUCAGAUGAUUUGUUGGAAGUUUGUGGAGAAGAUGUUCCUCAACCUGAAGAAGAUGAAUUUGAGACAAUAGAAAGGUUUAUGGACAGUAGGAUUGGAAGAAAAGGAGCAACUGGUGCUACUACAACCAUCUAUGCAGUUGAAGCAGAUGGUGACCCCAAUGCUGGAUAUGAAAAAACUAAGGAACCAGGAGAGAUCCAGUAUUUAAUUAAAUGGAAAGGAUGGUCCCAUAUCCAUAACACUUGGGAGACUGAAGAAACCUUAAAACAGCAGAAUGUGAAAGGAAUGAAAAAAUUGGACAAUUAUAAGAAGAAAGAUCAGGAAACCAAACGAUGGUUGAAAAAUGCUUCUCCAGAAGAUGUGGAGUAUUAUAAUUGUCAGCAAGAACUUACAGAUGAUCUACAUAAGCAGUAUCAAAUAGUAGAGAGAAUAAUCGCUCAUUCCAAUCAAAAAUCAGCAGCUGGGUAUCCUGAUUAUUAUUGCAAAUGGCAGGGCCUCCCAUAUUCAGAGUGUAGCUGGGAAGAUGGGGCUCUUAUUUCCAAAAAGUUUCAGCCACGCAUUGAUGAAUAUUUCAGCAGGAAUCAAUCCAAAACCACUCCUUUUAAAGAUUGCAAAGUACUAAAACAAAGGCCAAGGUUUGUUGCGCUGAAGAAGCAACCAUCCUAUAUUGGAGGACCAGAAGGUUUAGAAUUAAGAGAUUAUCAGUUGAAUGGUCUAAAUUGGCUUGCUCAUUCUUGGUGCAAAGGAAAUAGCUGUAUACUUGCUGAUGAAAUGGGCCUUGGAAAAACAAUACAGACGAUCUCAUUUCUUAACUAUCUUUUCCACGAACACCAAUUAUAUGGGCCUUUCUUGUUAGUAGUACCACUUUCCACACUCACUUCCUGGCAAAGAGAGAUUCAGACAUGGGCUCCCCAGAUGAAUGCUGUAGUCUAUUUAGGGGAUAUUAACAGCAGAAAUAUGAUAAGAACACAUGAAUGGAUGCAUCUGCAAACCAAACGGUUAAAAUUUAAUAUUCUUUUGACAACUUAUGAAAUUUUACUGAAAGACAAGGCAUUCCUUGGUGGCCUGAAUUGGGCAUUCAUAGGUGUAGAUGAAGCUCAUCGAUUAAAGAAUGACGACUCCCUUUUAUAUAAGACCUUAAUAGACUUUAAAUCCAAUCAUCGUCUUCUUAUUACCGGAACCCCUCUACAAAAUUCCCUCAAAGAGCUCUGGUCUUUGCUCCACUUCAUCAUGCCAGAAAAAUUUUCUUCCUGGGAAGAUUUUGAAGAGGAACAUGGCAAAGGGAGAGAAUAUGGGUAUGCAAGUCUGCACAAGGAACUUGAGCCUUUUCUGUUACGCCGAGUUAAGAAAGAUGUAGAAAAAUCUCUGCCUGCCAAAGUUGAGCAGAUUUUAAGAAUGGAAAUGAGUGCGUUGCAGAAGCAAUAUUAUAAAUGGAUUUUAACCAGGAAUUACAAAGCCCUUAGCAAAGGUUCAAAGGGCAGUACCUCAGGCUUUUUGAAUAUAAUGAUGGAGCUCAAAAAGUGUUGUAACCAUUGCUACCUCAUCAAACCACCUGAUAAUAAUGAAUUCUAUAAUAAACAGGAGGCCUUACAGCAUUUAAUCCGAAGUAGUGGAAAAUUAAUUCUUCUUGAUAAGCUGUUGAUUCGGCUAAAAGAACGAGGCAACAGAGUUUUGAUUUUCUCUCAAAUGGUGCGGAUGUUAGACAUACUUGCAGAAUAUUUGAAGUAUCGUCAAUUCCCUUUUCAGAGAUUAGAUGGUUCAAUCAAAGGAGAAUUAAGAAAACAAGCAUUAGAUCAUUUUAAUGCUGAAGGAUCUGAGGAUUUUUGUUUCUUACUUUCCACAAGGGCUGGAGGACUAGGCAUCAAUUUAGCAUCUGCUGACACUGUUGUUAUAUUUGAUUCUGACUGGAACCCACAAAAUGAUCUUCAGGCACAAGCUAGAGCCCAUAGAAUUGGGCAGAAAAAACAGGUUAAUAUUUAUCGUCUAGUUACAAAAGGAUCAGUUGAAGAAGAUAUUCUUGAAAGAGCCAAAAAAAAGAUGGUGCUUGAUCAUCUGGUAAUUCAGAGAAUGGACACAACUGGGAAGACUGUUCUACACACAGGUUCUGCUCCCUCAAGUUCUACACCUUUUAAUAAGGAAGAAUUAUCGGCAAUUUUAAAGUUUGGUGCUGAAGAACUUUUUAAAGAACCUGAAGGAGAAGAACAAGAGCCUCAGGAAAUGGAUAUUGAUGAAAUCCUGAAGAGAGCUGAAACUCAUGAAAAUGAACCAGGCCCAUUAACUGUAGGAGAUGAAUUGCUUUCCCAGUUUAAGGUAGCCAAUUUUUCAAAUAUGGAUGAAGAUGAUAUUGAAUUAGAACCUGAAAGAAAUUCAAGAAAUUGGGAGGAAAUCAUUCCAGAAGAUCAAAGAAGAAGGCUAGAAGAAGAAGAAAGACAAAAGGAACUUGAAGAAAUAUAUAUGCUACCAAGGAUGAGAAACUGUGCAAAACAGAUUAGCUUCAAUGGAAGUGAAGGCCGACGCAGCAGAAGUAGAAGAUACUCUGGAUCCGAUAGUGAUUCAAUAUCUGAAAGAAAAAGGCCAAAGAAACGUGGAAGACCAAGGACUAUCCCACGAGAGAAUAUUAAAGGAUUUAGUGAUGCAGAAAUUAGGCGGUUUAUCAAGAGUUACAAGAAAUUUGGUGGUCCUCUGGAAAGAUUAGAUGCAAUUGCUCGAGAUGCUGAAUUAGUUGAUAAGUCAGAGACAGACCUCAGACGACUAGGGGAGCUGGUGCAUAAUGGCUGUGUCAAAGCUUUAAAGGAUAGUUCCUCUGGACAGGACCGAACAGGACUCUUGCUAUUUGAACACAGACCUUUUAUGACAGAACCUUGUGGUAGACUUGGAAAAGUGAAGGGUCCAACAUUCCGAAUAUCAGGAGUGCAAGUGAAUGCCAAACUAGUCAUCUCUCAUGAAGAAGAAUUAGUGCCAUUGCACAAAUCGAUUCCUUCAGAUCCAGAAGAAAGGAAACAGUAUACCAUCCCAUGCCACACAAAGGCAGCUCACUUUGAUAUAGACUGGGGCAAAGAAGAUGAUUCCAAUCUAUUAAUUGGUAUCUAUGAAUAUGGGUAUGGCAGCUGGGAAAUGAUUAAAAUGGAUCCUGACCUUAGUUUAACACACAAGAUUCUACCAGAUGAUCCUGAUAAAAAACCCCAAGCAAAGCAGUUGCAGACCCGAGCAGACUACCUCAUUAAAUUACUUAAUAAAGAUCUGGCAAAAAAAGAAGCCCAGAGACUUUCUGGUGCAGGAAAUUCGAAGAGGAGGAAAAUAAGGACUAAGAAGAAUAAAAUGGUGAAGUCUGUUAAAACGAGAGAAGAAAUAAGGAGUGAUUCUUCUCCAUUGCCCUCAGACAAAUCUGAUGAGGAUGAUGACAAGGAUGAGAUCACUUCUGUGAAACAUCCAAAUAGAAAAGUAAAAGCAGAAAAAGACAGUGAAGAAAAAUCUGAGCCAGAUGUUUGUGUAAAGAAGGAACAAGAAGAAAAAAGGGAAGCAAAAGAAAAGGAAAAUAAGAGAGAACUUAAAAGGGAGAGAAAAGAAAAGGAGGAUAAGAAAGAUAUAAAGGAAAAAGAUAUUAAAGAAAAAAGAGAAAGCAAAAUAAAAGAAGCUAUGCAGAAAGACAAAGACAUAAAGGAAGAAAAGCUCAGUGAAACCAAAUCUGAUAGCAAAGAAAAAUCUAAGAAAUCCACACUUUCAGACGCUCCAGUUCAUAUCACUGCAAGUGGUGAACCAGUUCCUAUAUCUGAGGAUUCUGAGGAGCUGGACCAGAAGACAUUCAGUGUUUGCAAAGAAAGAAUGAGGCCUGUCAAAGCAGCCCUGAAACAGCUUGAUAGACCUGAAAAGGGGCUUUCAGAAAGAGAACAGCUAGAACAUACUAGACAGUGUCUAAUCAAAAUUGGUGAUCAUAUCACUGAAUGUCUAAAAGAAUAUACAAAUCCUGAACAAAUUAAGCAGUGGAGAAAGAAUUUGUGGAUUUUUGUGUCUAAGUUCACAGAAUUUGAUGCAAGAAAACUACACAAAUUGUAUAAGCAUGCAAUUAAGAAACGGCAAGACUCUCAGCAAAACAAUGACCAGAACAGCAGCAGCAUGAAUACUCAUAUGAUUAGGAAUCCAGAUGUGGAAAGACUAAAAGAGAACACAAAUCAUGAUGACAGCAGCAGGGACAGUUAUUCUUCUGACAGACAUUUGUCUCAGUAUCAUGACCAUAAAGAUAGGCAUCAGGGAGAUGCUUACAAAAAGAAUGAGUCCAGGAAAAGAUCGUAUUCAUCCUUUAGCAAUGGUAAAGAUCACCGGGAGUGGGAUCAUUACAAACAAGAAAGCAGAUACUACAAUGAUAAUAAACACAGAAAAAUGGAUGACCAUAGGAGUAGGGAUCACAGAUCAGUUUUGGAAGGAAGUUUAAAAGACCGAUCUCAUUCUGACCACCGUUCUCAUUCAGAUCACCGGUUGCACUCAGAUCAUCGAUCAAGUUCUGAAUAUUCACACCAUAAAACUUCAAGAGAUUAUCGGUAUCACUCAGAUUGGCAGAUGGACCACAGAGCCUCCAGUAGUGGCCCUAGGUCACCACUGGAUCAGAGGUCUCCUUAUGGCUCAAGAUCACCUUUAGGUCAUAGAUCUCCAUUUGAACAUUCAUCUGAUCACAAAAGUACACCUGAGCAUACUUGGAGUAGCCGGAAAACAUAACAAAUACUGACAUUGCCCGUCUGGACUUUGUUUUAGCCAUAUAUCGUAAAUUACCACAGUAAUUGCCUUACAUGACUUGAAAGAUAAGGACAGGAUCCUCCAUCAGUAGCAGUAUUGUUACUUCUUUCCAGGAUGCAAGGUCUAUUAUCCCAACAGAAGAAAAAUAUUUUUGUAUUUAAGGAUUAUGCUGCACUGUGUUACAAAGUGUUGUAGCACUUUUUUUUUUUAAAUAAUGGAAAAUGUUUACUUUUUACAGGGACCUCAACACUGCCCCAUUUAGACUGGAUAAAAUUCUUUGUGUCAGUGAUUUUAGGCUGAACUCCAUUUAAAUUAUGUUUGUAAAUGAACUUUACACACUGACCUGUAAUCAUGUUUCAGGAAGGAAUGAAGAGUUUUGUUUUGUUUUGUUUUUCCUUAGCAAAGAACUCUCAAGGACUUUGUUCACUUUCCAAAGCUACUUGUUUACAUUGUACACUGCGACCACCUUGCCGCUUCUCAUCACAAGCUUGAAUAUUUAAAUUCUGUACCUAUGACUGUAAAAUAUCCAGGAAUUCUUGUUUGUGAUAAAUUGUAAUGCCUUUUUACAAAAUAAAAUAGCUGUAAAUUAUUGUAAAUUAAUUAAAUGAGCUUUCCUUCCCUCCCCCUCUCAGGCUUUUUUUAAACUGUUCCUUUCCCCACCAACUCAGGCCUUCUUGUCAUAAAAAAGGACAAAAAUCAAUGUAUUAACAACACUUUUUAAUAAAUUGUCUUGAUGGAAUCACUGUUUAGAAUGUAAAAAUGGGGAAAGGGAACAUUAUUCCAUUAUAUUAUCCUUUAGGGUUCCUUUUAUAUUGGAUAUUUUAUUAGAUACAUUUUUUUAAAAGCCAGUGUUGUGAUUGUUUGUAGUAAUGACAUGUACUAUCUAAACUGCAUGCUCUGAAAACUUUUUUUUUCAGAUGCAUUGGUUUAAAAAAAAUACCUUUGUGAACACAUCAGAACCCAAAUCAGCCAAAAUUCAUUGUAAAUCCAUUUGUUUUCCUUUUUAAUGUGGGCAAUAAUGUCAAAUGUGCUAUGCAGCCAGUUAAUAUUUUAGAUGAACUGAUUGAUUGACUUUUAAUAGAAACUGUUACAAUGCACACUGAUUGUAUAUAGAUACCUUCUACAUAUGACAAAUUAAAUUUAACAAAAAGGAUAUGUGGACUCCUGUACUUUUCUGCCUUUUUACUCCCUCAGCACUUAGUAAAAUUUUUAUGAGCUGCCAAAAGUAUAUAUUUUUUGAUAGCCAAUUUAAUAUCAAUCGUCAACACUACAGUUAUAUCUGAUUUAAAGAUAAUGUGGGCAAAAAUUAUAAUAAACAGCUGACAGUUAAAUAUAGGUCACUGUUUUAAACUGUUUUGGAACUCUGGCUUCUGCAAAUAUUUUAUAUUUUCUUGAGGAUAUUUUGCAUGAAUAUUUGGUUUCUUUGAAUUUUUAGACCAUGUAAAAUGUUAAAAGUCAAAAUCUUCAACUUCAAAGAACACAGGAGCCUUUUAAUUAUGGAAAAUUUAUUUUUAUAAAACGUUAUGGAAUAAAAUGAUUUAUAGGUGAAGUAUAUUUUAGAAUAUUGUUUGCCCUUUAGCUGAUUAGUAUCUCAUUUAUUUUACCUGUAUAAAGCAAUUGAAAAUAUAUUGACUAUACUUUAAAAAAAAAAAAAGCAAAGCUUCAUCUUUUCAGUCAGGUAGCCCUGCUUGGCAAAUCAGUAAGAUGUCUCUUUGCUGUUAGAUAGGGAGAACCCAAAAGAAAAUGCUUCAAAAUUUUCAGAUCUGUUUUGCCUUAUUAAUCAUCAGCAAGUGAUAAUAUACAGUAUUUUUCCUUCAAUAUGAAAAGUGCAGGUAUGAUUCUAUGAUUUUAAUUUUUUCAACUUGUUCACAUUCUUGAUAAACAUGGUUUUGUUGCACAAAGUGAUAAUUAACAGCAGAUUUAGCAUAAUGCCUAAGUGAAAAAUCAUAACAUAUUAAAAAUAUGUUAGGGUUAUUUGGUUUUUUCCUUCAUUAUAACUGUAGAUAGACUUCUUGAUCUGUUAUUGGAUGUAUUAUGUUCAACCCAUCACACAUUAUUGUUACUGAAGAAUGGGCUAGAUUUAAAUCUUACUGUGCUACAAUUAGUUAGAAUAUUUAUGUAACGUGAGAAUUACUGUGAGAAUUAUUCUUUUUUUGGUAAGAAUCCAAAACGUAUGUGAAAGAGGAAAUAGCCAUAUACUCAGAAUAAAUGAGAGACUAACAUGACCACGUAGGUGUUGUUGAUGGGAAAGUCCCUGCACAAUGACCCUUUUUUUUUAAUCUGUGUUCCACUUGCUUAGUCUUUAUUUUAGUCCAUUUCUGUUUAUUUGAGGAUGAGAGAAACUUAUGCACAGUACUGUAUUAAACAGCCACUUUACAAUAAUGAUAUACAAUAAAUAAUUCUUAUAAAA